CUUCUUUCCUACGCUAACCUGCUUGACUCUCUCUCUCUCUCUCUACCUCGCUUGCUCGCUCGCCUCCCUCCUCCACAGCAAAACCCUAGGCGAUCGGACCGUUCCUUCCUCGUUUCCUCGGACGCGCGCGCGAGAGGCGACGAUGGUGUUCUACUUCAAGGCCCGUCCGGAGGCAGGCGACUACACCCUCUUCAUGGGCCUCGACAAGUACGAGAACGAGGAGCUCAUCAAGUACGGCUUCCCCGAAGACAUUUGGUUCCAUGUUGAUAAAAUGUCCUCUGCUCAUGUAUAUUUGAGACUGCACAAAGGUCAGACAAUUGAUGAUAUUAGUGAAGGUGUGCUGGAGGACUGUGCUCAACUUGUCAAAGCAAAUUCUAUCCAAGGCAACAAGAUAAACAACAUUGAUGUUGUUUAUACUCCUUGGGGAAAUCUGAAGAAAACGGCGUCCAUGGAUGUUGGUCAAGUUGGUUUCUACAAUUCCAAAAUGGUUCGCACUGUGAGAGUUGAGAAACGGCUUAAUGAUGUCGUCAAUAGACUGAACCGGACAAAAGUGGAAAGGAAACCUGACUUAAAAGCUGAGCGUGAGGCAGUCAAUGCAGCUGAAAGAGCAGAAAGAAAGCAACAGCUAAGAGAUAAAAAACGACGAGAGGAAAUGGAAAGGCUUGAAAAAGAGAGGCAGGCAGAACUAAGGAGCUACAAGGGCUUGAUGGUUGCUGAAAAUAUGACAUCUAACAAGCAAAUUGCCUCUGCAAACAAGUCUUUACAGGAACUGGAGGAGGACUUCAUGUGAUAAUGUUAUUCUGCAUUGUGGUUGGCUGUUGUUUGCUCUCAACAAGGGAAUUUAGUCAUUCAGCUAUGAUCCUAGGCCAGAAGGAGUCUUUCCUCAAAGAUGAAUGAUCUCCAUCCUUUCACCAUUCAUUCCCCUACUAUACGGAACUAGCUACUAUUGAUGAUAGUAAAAAGUGCUGGGUGCACUUGGUACAGAGAGGAAGUGUUGGAUUCGGAAAGGCUUAAGGGGAAACUUCAUGUUCCUUGGUGCAAUUUUAUGAGAUGUGUCCUAUGAAGAAUCUUACAGAUACAACUUCCUCAAUCUUUCGUGGAUUGAAUAUUUUAGUUGUAGAACUUGAUGAGACAUCAUCUUGUGCCAUGUUGUCUUGCGAGUUGUAUGCAAAGAGUCUUUCUUGAA